GACCUUGCGCUGUGCGCAAUGUGGCGUGCGUGCGUGUGUUCAUCGGGCGUCUGUUUCGCUGCAUAAGCAAGUCACUUGAAGCCAAGAGAUGCAUAUGUAGAUGUGCAGUCAUCCUUUGGAUCAUCAUUUGACCUGCCAUUAAGCAAGUAAAUAAUAAUUCAAUGGAGUAUUUCCUAUAGAAUAAAUAUAAAGAUAAUCAGUUCCAGGCAAGCACAGGAAUGUACACCCAGCUAAAUACACAAAGAAGACUGCAGAAGUUGUCAUCUGAUGCCCUUUGACUGGAAGAACAACAUCUGUGCUCUGACGUCCGAGGGGAGAUGGAGGUCGACCGCCGACAGGAGCCGGCCGGACCGACAGCGGAGCGACACGGCGAGCGCGCGCCGGCUGGCAAGGCGCCGCCGGCUGCCACGUUCGGCUUCACGCCGGCCCAGCAGAUCAUGUUCCAGAGCAGCAGCAUGAACGGCCACCAGGUGGUGAUGGUGACCCCGGAGGUGGCGCGCAGUCUGGGCAUCGUGGCGCCAUCCGGCGCCCGCUCGGGAAGUGAAGCUUCCAUUCAGAUCCAGCAGGACACGGGCGACGUCAGCGUCAGCGUCAUGGACACCGAGGAUGACGGGAUGAUCGACCCGGACCAGUUCCUAGCCAUGGAGCUGGCGUCUGGCAAGGCCGAGGCCGUGGUGGACGAGGACCUGACCUCGCUCUCCUGGCUGCACAGUCGCAACCUACUCCGAGCGGCGGACGUGCGGCUGAAGCCGGGCCCGAUGGCGUCGGCGCCGCUCCUGGUGGAGGAGACGGCCGGCGGCGGCGCGCUCGGCGCCGAGUCGCCCACCUCCGACUACCGGGACGACUCGCCGGACGCCGGCGAGCUGUGCGCCUCGCCGCCAGCGGCCGGGGCGCCGCCGGCCGCGCGCGACGGCGCUCGCGCCAAGCGGCACCCGCCGCACCUACCGUACGACCCGAAGGUGCACGUGCACUUCAAGCCACCCUUCUCGUUUUCCUGCCUGAUCUUCAUGUCGAUCGAGGAUUCGCCGAACAAGGCGCUGCCCGUCAAGGAGAUCUACGGCUGGAUCAUGGAGCACUUCCCGUUCUACCGGGCGGCGCCCGUCGGCUGGAAGAACUCGGUCCGACACAACCUGUCGCUUAAUAAAUGCUUCAAGAAGAUUGAAAAGGCUCCGAGCGUGGGCAAGGGCUCGCUGUGGACGGUGGACGCACUGUUCCGGCCGAACCUGAUCCAGGCGCUGAAGCGGUCGCCGUGCGUGCAGUCGGGCCGGUCGCCGGCGAGGCCGUGGUCGGCGGCGGCUGCCGCGCUCGGCGCCGAGCCGACGCCAGGCCGAGGCAGGGGCAGAGGAGCUAAGCGUGGGGCGCCCGUGCCGGCGCGACGGCGCGACGGCGAGAAUCUGCCCAACCCGGACCUGUUCCCCUUCCUGUCGCGCCGUCUGUUGACCGGCCCGGAAGACGUUGGUUCGAGCGACGACCGACAGGGCGGCGCUGAGGUUGAGGAUGCGGCCGAUGGUGACCAGGAGGGCCUGAUUAUCGUGCAGGAGGCGCCACCGUCGCCAAAGCAGGCGAGACACCUGCGGCGCGCUCGAGAGGGUGAUCACGACUACGGCUCGACGGAGGUGCACGGCGGCGGCGGCGGCGGCGGCGACACCGCGCGCCAUCCGCGUCUGCUGGUUAUCAGCCGGUGUCCGGAGGAGGAGCACACGUACGCGCUGGACCCGCUGCGCCGCCGCUCGCCGCGUCCGCUCAGCGACGACGAGGCCUUCUCGGACGACUCGAACCUCUCGCACGAGCCCAGCGGCCGCCUGGUCGGCCUCAGCCCGGAGGAGGUCGGCAUGCGCUUCGUGGAGGAGGGCGCACCCCUCUCCUGGGGCGGCUGCUUCAUGUCAGCGGCGGUGACACCACCUACAUGGGGGAUACUGGCGCGCAGCCUGCAGGGACUGCAGCUCGGCGCCAACCACCUGGCCCGGCUCUGGGACGAGUUUCCCGAGCUGACCUCGCCGCCAUCUGCCAGAGCUCCAGUCCAACAUGGAGCCACACAUUUCAUUGAGACCAGGGGGCCGCCCAAGGUGGCACGAGCGCGCCGACUGGCGCGCCUCGCUGCCUCGCCGCUGCCAAAGCCGGGGUGA